UGAGGGCGGCCACGUUCACCAAUGGAGACACGAGUCCGCAUUGUUCGAUGAUCUGCGCGUGUAUAUUGCACUGGUUUUGUCUUCUGGUCGGAAUCGGGAUUUCUUUAGUUGUCACUCGACUACGACAGUGUAGACGUUACGUUAAUUCUUCGCGUUCUCCUCACACGUAGUUGCUUCGACAGUGAUCGAAAGAACCUUGAAAUAUCGAUCUUCGAUAAUGUCUUUUCAAGUGCCUCCUCAGGACACGAAUGUCAACGUGCUGAUGCCCGUGGACUUGCAAAUGCAACUGCAAAAACAUCAAAUGCUUUUUACGCAACAGCAAAUUCCUCUAAGUCACAGAACAGAUGAAAAGUCAUAUUCGAACAGAUGGUCACGACUACCAUUACCGUCUGGAGUCAGCGUAGAAUUACAAAAUCGCAAGCUCUGGGAACAAUUUCAUGCCGAGACCACGGAAAUGAUCAUCACCAAGUCGGGACGACGCAUGUUUCCAUCCAUCCAGUUGACGGUAAACGGUUUAAACAAACAGGACUAUUAUUAUGUGCUUAUGGAGAUAACACCGGCCUCCGAUCGCCGUCACAAAUAUUGUGGAAACAGCGGAGGUGACGAUGAAAACGGAAAUAAGAGCAGCAACAUCGGGGGUUGGAGCUUCGCCGGGCCAUCCGAACCGCAACAGCAAUUUGAUCGCAGAAUAUUUUUUCAUCCCGAUAAUCCCGCGACAGGCGAGCACUGGAUGCAAAACUCGAUCAACUUCAACAAACUAAAACUUACAAACAACAUCGUCGAUCAUCGUAAUAACGUGGUUUUAACAUCGAUGCAUAAAUACCUUCCUACGAUUUGGAUAAUUUGUUGCGCCCGUGCGACAAAUCUUAUCGACCUUUUUUCUCAUCCAGCCUCGUCAUUUGCUUUCAAGGAGACUGAAUUUAUCGCAGUCACGGCAUAUCAGAACGAAAACAUCACGAAGUUGAAGAUUAAUAACAAUCCGUUCGCGAAGGGAUUUCGCGAAACGGGACAGUCGCGAUGCAAGCGUAAAUAUCAUCAGGUAGGCCAUGAUAGUCAACCGGACGAUGAAGAGGUCAACUCUUUCUCCGAUUCAUCCGAGUCGAACCGUAGCGCGAGUAGCUUAGACGACUUGGCGCAUAAAUCAGAAAUCAAAUCUGAAAUUAAAAAUUCCGAUGACUACGAUGACAUUAAACCGUCAGUCUCAAUUGCCGGAAAGCAAAGAUCACCUUUAAAACUGGAAAGUGAUCACAAGAGUGAAGUGUCAUCCCCUUUUCAUAGACCCUGGUUAGACUCGCCGUCGCAUAAACCAACGGCACCGAUGAUGCCGAUGAUGCCGUCAAUGUCAUCGUCGUUGCCAGCGGCUCACGAUCUGUGUUGGUCCUAUUAUUUUCGAUCUUUACAAGUGCCAUUCAUUGCGCAACAAAAUUUGACGAGAUAUUAUCAGUAUCGGUGCCCGAUGUUUCAUUACAGGAAAUUAUGAUUUGUUUUAAUUUUUCUCGCGAUGAUUUUUUUGACAAUUUUUCUCGCGAUGUUGUCGCAACUUUAGUUACAUUUUAAGCGUAAAGAAUAAUUAUAGAAUAAAUAAAUAUAUAAAUUAAAGGUGUGUAAAUAAAUCUCGAUUAAUUAAAAUUGAAAAUAACCAACAUUUCUUUUUAAUCGAAAUAUGACAGAUAAAUAAAAUUAAAGUAACUCCUGAUAUUGUCUUGGAAUUCAUAUAUCUGGAUAAAUUACAGUUUUAAUAUUUAUCUGUUCGUAGGCCAAAGAUUAUUGUAAAUAAAGACUUAUUCUAUAAAUCAUUUUGUAUAUAUAGUUUUAAUAGUAUUUUAGUUAAAACUUAUUUUAUAAUUUUAGGAGUUCACAUUAAACGUGAUAAUAUUUAA